GGGGAGCUCACAAUGAGAUUAUUUAUGCUAAUAAGGUAGAUGUCACUUCCGCCCCUUUUAUUUGCGCCAUUUUGGAUAGGGCAGUUUCCAGGCUGGAUGUGUAUUGUCUGUCAGAGGGGAAUGGGCAAACCGAAAUCCGUUACCAGGAAUUACAGCCAGAGUUAAGGUAAAUUUGUCUCCGACAGUAGGUUUUUCGGUACUCGUUCCCCGCCAGAUGAACAUGUGUCCACCCUCCACUCUGACGGGAACCAGGGUUUUAAUUUGAUGAAUCUCGGACGCUCUGUUCCCGUUCGCCGACUGGAGGGAAGAGGAUAGCCCCUGUCGGUGAGGGACGUUCCGGGGGGGUUUCGGAGGGCAGACCGACCGUUUGGCUUCACUCGCCCCCGGUUCGCGGGGCACCUGAGCGGGUGAGAGGGUCCACACGUCCCCCUCAGCCAUCCCGAGAGGAGACGUCUCCCUCGGACGGGAGCGCUGGAUGUGAAAGCAGGCAGCCAGAAUGUUCCAGCUCCCCGUCAAUAACCUCAGCAGCCUACGGAAAGCAAGGAAAAAUGUCAAGAAGGUCCUGGGAGACAUCGGCCUGGAGUUCUGCAGAGAUCACUUAGAGGACUUUAAAGACUUCACUCCUCCAGAGGUGUAUAUCAAGCACACAAGCUGGGAAGAUGUCUGCAUGUGGGAGCCAUCGCACACCAAAGUCCAGGACUACAGAUCAAAGCCUUUCUGCUGCUCGGGCUGCCUCUUUUCCUCCAAGUACUUCUCGGCAUACAAGAGCCACUUCCGCAACGUCCACAGCGAGGACUUUGAGAACAACAUCCUGCUCAACUGCCCCUACUGCACUUUCAAUGGCAACAAAAAGACGCUGGAGACGCACAUCAAGCUGUUCCACAUGCCGGCCAACAGCGGGCGGCAGGGCCCCGCCGGCGUGGCGGCGGGGGCCGGCGGCGUCCUGGCCAAGGACGGGCUGCUCAAGCGGGCCGGGGACAGCGUGGAGCAGGCGGUGUACUACUGCAAGAAGUGCACCUACAGGGACCCUCUGUACAACGUGGUGCGCAAGCACAUCUACCGGGAACACUUCCAGCAGGUGGCCCACCCCUACAUCGUGAAGCCCGGGGACAAGAGCAACGCUCACAACGGCGGGAAGACGGACGGCGGCGCCGGCAGCAACCAGAUCCACUGCAAGAAGUGUCUGUUCGUCCCCCGGACCUACGAGGCCCUGGUCCAGCACGUCAUCGAGGACCACGAGAGGAUCGGCUACCAGGUCACCGCCAUGAUCGGCCACACCAGCGUGAUCGUGCCCCGGCCCAAGCCCGUCAUCAUGUUCCCCCCCAAAGCGCAGGGAGACAAGACCAUCAUCGGGAUGGGCCCCAAAGGGGCCGUGAUGGCCACCACCAGGUCUCCGGCCUCGCAGCAGCUCGGCCGGGCCGUCAUCGCCGCGAAGGCGGGCUUCUCCUCCCACGGCCUGCUCUCCGGGCUCAAGCACGACGCCAUAGCGCUGAAGGCCGGCGCCGGCCCGCCGUUCUCCGCCGGCGGCCCGCAGGGCAGGCUCAGCAUGCCCGGGAACGCCCAGGUGUCCGUGCCCCAGCAGUCCCACGCAGCCAAGCAGCUGGUGCCCGGCGGCAGCCUGCGCGGGCCCCUGGUGGCCGGGGCCUCCUCCUCCUCCCUCAAGGCCAACCCCCUGGGCUCCCGGGUCCAGGCGGCCGCCACCACCGUGGCGUCCGUCACGGCCAAGAAGGGCGGCUCCUCCGUCCUGGGCACGUCCUACACCCAGAAGUGGAAGAUCUGCACCAUCUGCAACGAGCUCUUCCCCGAGAACGUGUACAGCGCCCACUUCGAGAAGGAGCACAAGGCGGAGAAGGUGCCGGCCGUGGCCAACUACAUCAUGAAGAUCCACAACUUCACCAGCAAGUGUCUGUACUGCAACCGCUACCUGCCCAGCGACACGCUGCUCAACCACAUGCUGAUCCACGGCCUGUCCUGCCCGCACUGCCGCGCCACCUUCAAUGACGUGGAAAAGAUGGUGGCCCACAUGCGGCUGUCGCACCCCGACGAGAAGGUGGGGCCCCGCACGGACUCUCCCCUGACCUUUGACCUCACCCUGCAGCAGGGCAACCCCAAGAACGUCCAGCUGAUCGUCACCACCUACAACAUGAGGGACGCCCCCGAGGAGUCGCUGGCCUUCCACGCCCAGAACGCCCCCUCCAUGGCGUCGGCGCUGUCUUCCUCCCUGUUAUCCAGCAAGAGGCUGAUGCCUCAGCACCCCCCCAAGACGCACUCGGGUUCCCCGGACGCCCCCCCGGCCAAGAACGCCCCCCAGGCGUCCGUUCCCUACAAGAGGGACGUGGGCAAAACCCUCUGUCCGCUCUGCUUCUCCAUCCUGAAGGGCCCCAUCUCGGACUCGCUGGCCCACCACCUCCGAGAGCGCCACCAGGUGAUCCAGACCGUCCAUCCGGUGGAGAAGAAGCUCACCUACAAGUGCAUCCACUGCCUGGGCGUGUACACCAGCAACAUGACCGCCUCCACCAUCACGCUGCACCUGGUGCACUGCCGGGGCGUGGGCAACGGGCCGGCCCCGACAACCCCGACGGCGGCGCCCCCAAGCGCCGGAGGCGGGGCCCCCCCGGGGGAGCGGGCCCACCCGCGGGACUCCAGCGGCCCCUUCACCUUCGUGGAGAACCCCGAGGACCCGGUGGUCCUGGCGCUGGACCCCAAGGGCCAGGAGAGCCAGCCCUACGAGGCCCGCAAGGCCUUCCUGACGCGCUACUUCAACCGGGCGCCGUACCCCAGCCCGCGCGAGGUGGACAAGCUGUCGGCCAGCCUGUGGCUGUGGAAGUCGGACAUCUCCGGCCACUUCGUCAGCAGCCGGCGGCGGUGCGUGCAGGAGUGCGAGCGCCAGCGGGCCAGCGUGCUGCUGGGCUUCAGCAUGGAGGAGCUCGCCACGCUCAGCCACCAGCUGGCGCUGGGGGGGGGCGGAGCCUACCGGGGCGGCCGGCGCCGCACCUCCCGGGCCUGCAGGGGCGUGUCCCAGCGGGCGCUCCAGAGACACCGGGAGCUGGCGGCGCUCAACGGGGGCGUGGCGCCGCCGAGGAGGAGGGGCACGCCGCCGGGCGCCCCCGGCAACGCCACGGACCAAACCAAGACAAUCCCCAGCACCUUACCACAGAAGAGGCCUCUGGACCUGUCCGAGCCCAUCGCCGCCCGUCUCCACGGCAACCAGCCGCCCGCCGGGGCCGCGGGGAGCACGGAGCCGGGGCCGGGCGCCAAAACCGGCUCCGACUCGGACGACCUGUCGGAGGACGAGGACGAGGACGAUGAUGACGAGGAGGAGGAGGAGGAGGAGGAAGGGGCUCACGUGGAAAACGGCUUCGGAGCCUCGGAUGGCGCCGGGCGGCCGGCCGCCAGAGGGAGAGACGCUCUGCCCAUCAUCAUCCCAAAGUUUGUCCCGUCGGCGGCGAGAGGAGGCCGAGACGGCGCCCAGCUGGGAAAACAGCAGGUCUGA